AUGCCCGGCCCCGAGCGCGUGGUGCUGCACCCGCUGGUGCUGCUCAGCGUGGUGGACCACUACAACCGGGUAGCCAGGGACAGCAGGAAGCGCGUGGUGGGCGUGCUGCUGGGGGCGUGCCACAGGGGCGUCGUGGACAUCACCAACAGCUUCGCGGUCCCCUUUGAGGAGGACGCCAAAGAUCCCAGCAUAUGGUUCCUGGACCACAGCUACCUGGAGGUUAUCUUCAGGAUGUUCAAGAAGGUGAAUGCGCGGGAGGGAAUCGUGGGGUGGUACAGCACGGGCCCGCGGAUAAGGGAGGCCGAUCUGGACAUCAAUGAGCUGAUAUCGCGCUUCUGCGACAGCCCAGUGCUGGUGAUCUGUGAGGUGCAGCCCAACGAGAUCGGACUGCCAAUCACAGCAUACCAUGCACAGGAGGAGGUCAGGGAGGACGGCACAGAGAAGAGCAAGAAGGUUUUUCUCAAUGUUCCAACGGAGGUCGGGCAGACGGAGGCAGAGGAGAUUGGUGUGGAGCACCUCCUGCGGGAUGUGAAAGACGCGACGAUCAGCACGCUGGCAACAGACGUCAGUGCCAAGGUACAGGGUCUCAGGGGGUUGUUCUCCCGGCUGCAGGAGAUUCGGCAAUACCUGGAGUACACACUGGCUGGCAAAAUGCCUGUCAACCAUGAAAUCAUGAAGCAGCUCCAGGACAUCUUCAACUUGCUACCGAACAUGAACGCAGGCAUGUUGUCCAAAUCCCUAGCAGUCAAGUCCAACGACAUGAUGCUGGGGGUGUACGUGGCGUCCCUGAUCCGAUGCGUCAUCGCCCUCCAUAACCUGAUUGACAACAAGGAGGUGCGCCUGGGAAAGAAACAUGUGGACAAGCCCAAAGACAAAGCGGACGACCCGAAGGUCGAAAAGACGGACGAGCCAAAAGCGGGGGAGGAGGACAAGCAGCCCAGCGGCUCCAAAAAGUGA